AUGGCGACGUCAAUCGCCUCACAACUGCAGGCAAUCAGGUCAAUUGUCAAAGCCGACACAGACCCUCUCAAAAGACCGUUUACCCGUCCCUCCAUCCUGUUUGACGCCAAAGAAGCAGCUGAUAUUGACCUUGAUACUCUCUUUAACCUUGCCCUUUCAGGUGGUGUUGCAACUGGAUUCAAGAAACCUGAAGAAAUGGAAUUUGAAACAAGAUUGUACAUAAGCAAAGGGAAAAGAGUUGUUCAUGUGAAUUGGAUUCAAUUCUCUCGAUCUUUGCUGAAUCAUGAUGAUGUGUUUAUCUUGGAUACUAAAGAGAAGAUCUUUCAAUUCAAUGGAGCAAACUCAAACAUUCAAGAAAGAGCUAAAUCUCUAGAGGUCAUUCAGUAUUUAAAGGAAACUUAUCAUGAGGGAACAUGCAAUGUUGCAAUUGUUGAUGACGGAAAACUACAAGCAGAAGGUGAUUCAGGUGAAUUCUGGGUUAUUUUUGGAGGGUUUGCUCCUAUUGGCAAGAAGGUUCUUGGUGAUGAUGAUAUAGUUCUAGACAGGACACCUGGCAAACUUUUUAACAUUGGUGGAUCAGAGGUGAAGGAUGAAAUUACAAGAUUUACGAAAUCGACCCUGGAAAACGACAAAUGUUAUCUAAUGGACUGUGGGGCGGAGGUUUUUGUGUGGGUUGGUAGAGCAACACAAGUUGAUGGUAGAAAAGCUGCCAUGCAGGGUGCUGAGAUAGGAUUUGGUUAUGAGACGGUUGAAUUCAAGACUAAUUUUGAGUCAUGGCCAUCAGCAGCUGCACCUCAAGCAGAGAAUAGAGGAAAAGUAACAGCGCUGCUGAAGCAACAACGUACAUUUUCAGGAUGCAUGCAGGCCUUGCCGACUUCAAAUGAGAUGGCGCGGGUGGAUACUUGUUGCGUCAAUCAUGAGUUGUCACCAGUUAUUGCAGAUUUUGACAACACAUUGACAAAGUUUUGGGUUGAUGGAUUUAAAGGACACUCUAGUCAUACCCUCCUGCAACAGGAGAAUCCUGAGUACAAUGCUAAGAGAGAUGAGUUAUUCAACUACUAUCAUCCUUUAGAAUUUGACCCUGAAAUUCCAAUUGAUGAAAAAACAAAGCUCAUGGAAGAGUGGUGGGGAAAGACCCUGUGGAAUAAGAAACUCUGUGGUCUCCUUAUUGAAGGUGGCCUUACAUAUGAUGCAAUAAGAAACUCUGUGGCUGGUGCCAUGAUUGCUUUCAGAAAAGGUGAGAGAGAUGUCCCAAUUCUUAUAUUUUCUGCAGGUCUAGCAGAUAUUAUUGAGGAGGUUCUUCGCCAGAAACUUCAUAGAACUUUCAAAAAUGUUAAGAUUGUAUCAAACCGGAUGAAAUUUGACCAGAAUGGUAACCUAGUAGCUUUUACAGGGAAGUUGAUUCAUAGUUUGAAUAAGAAUGAGCAUGCUCUUGAUAUGGCUGCUUCUUUUCAUGAUAACUUGGUGAAAUUGAUGAGCAUGUGA